GCUCCAAACUCCAAACUCCCUCCGCCAGGAUGCCUUGGCGGCGUCGGAAGCAGGAUAUAAAGCGGCGGGAUGUCCGCCGCAGAGAGCAUUGGUCCCAUCCCCGCACACUCUUGCUAUUGUUCUAGUUGCCCUCCAUGUCCUUCGCCAAGCCCACUUCUCUCAAGCUCACGUACUUUGAUGUCCCUGGCCGCGCCGAGCCCAUCCGCUUGUCGCUGUUUAUCGCCGGCAUCGAGUUCGAGGAUGAGCGCUUGACCCGCGAGCAGUUCGCUGCCGUCAAGCCGACUCUGCCCUUUGGCCAGGUCCCCGUCCUGACGAUCAACGGCGAGCAUGUUGUUGCCCAAUCCAAGGCCAUCCUGCGCUACGUCGGGAUCCUCGGCGACCAGUACCCCAGCACCAACGAUCUGCAUACCACCCUGCUGAUCGACCAGGUCGUCGAAGAGGUCGACGAUCUUUGGCUGAAGCUUCUCCCCAGCUUCCUCGAGGCCGACGAGGCAAAGCGGUGCGAGAUGCGCAAGAAGGUGGCCGCCGAGGUCUACCCUCCUAUGCUGGCUGGCCUCGACCGGGUUCUGGCCCAGCACGGCGGCAAGUACGCUGUCGGCGACAAGCUGACGAUCGCCGACGUCUAUCUGUUCUACCUCUUCAAGAUGUCAAUCGAACCUAACGCCGCCAUCGAGCACAUCCCAAGCGAUCUGAUCACACCCUACGCCCACAUCACCAGGGUCUACAACACUGCCAAGGCCCAUCCGCGUGUUGUCGAGUGGGAGGCCAAGAACGCUGCUCCUUCCGCCAUGACUGUCACCAAGCCCAACUCCCUCAAGGUCUCCUACUUUGACUUCACCGGCCGCGCCGAGGCCGUCCGUCUUUCGUUCUAUGUCGCCGGCAUCGAGUUCGAGGAUGAGCGCUUGACCCGCGAGCAGUUCGCUGCCAUCAAGCCGACUCUUCCCUUUGGCCAGGUCCCCGUCCUGACCGUCGACGGCAAGCACGUCUUUGCCCAAUCCAAGGCUAUCCUCCACUACGCCGGCGCCCUCGGCGGCCAGUACCCCGGCACCAGCGAUCUCUUCACCUCGCUCCUCAUCGACCAGGUCGUCGAGGAGAUCGAGGACAUCUGGAUCAAGCUCGGCCCCAGCCUCUUCGAGAAGGACACCUCCAAGAAGAUCGAGAUGCGCCAGAAGAUCGCCACCGAGGUCUACCCCCCCAUGCUCGCCGCUCUCGACAAGGUCCUCGCCAAGCACGGCGGCAAGUAUGCCGUUGGCGACAAGCUCACCAUUGCCGAUCUCUCGAUCUACUGCAACUUCAACAUGCUUAUCGGCCAAAAGCCCUUCGUCGAGCAUAUCCCCAACGAUCUGCUUGCUCCCUAUCACCACAUCACCAAGGUCUUCAACUCGGUCAAGAACCACCCCCGUGUGGUUGAGUGGGAGUCCAAGUGUGCUGCUCGCCAGAAGUGAGCGGCCAGGGACCCUCAAGCCUGCCCGCACCAGCGUCCAUGACAGUUCUUGUUGUUUCUGAGUAGUCGUUUCUGACCCCCCAGGACUCCUUUCAUACUCGUUUUGCGUCAGUGUGUGGGGCAUGCUUGCAGACAGAUCCGUCGCCCUCUUUCGGGUUCCGAAUCUGCAUCUGCUUUCCCUCAUCAUUCUGUUCUUAUUCUUGCCGGGCACCGUUUGUCAAGGUUGUUGCCUGAAUGUCAGUCUGCUGUUGAGACACACGAGCAAUCACCCUCCUUUCACUUCACCCCACCUCGCCUCACCGCCCUUCGCCUCACCUUACUUCACCAUCCGCCGCCUCGCUCCGUCUGUUCUCAACGCAAUUCUAAAUUUUUUGGUUGGGAUAUCCGUAAUAUAACCCCGUGAACAA